CCUUAACAAAGUAAACUACAAAGUUGAUAUGAUAAAUUGAAUGUAAUCAAAAUAUUAGCUUGUCUCAGCGAAGUUCUUUGGAUGCUAUCUCGAAUCCUUUCAUCACACUUUCGCUGCUCUUCUCUCGGUAAAUGUCUCAAUUUUAAGACUGCCCAGCUCUCUGUUCUCUCCCACCCGAUAAUCUCCCUCCUAGAAAGAUGCCAAACCCUGGCUCAACUGAAGCAAAUCCAAACCCAAAUGGUUCUUUCUGGCUUGAUUUCAGAGUCUCUUGCCGCCAGCCGCCUUGUCGCCUUCUGCGCCAUUUCCGACUCGGCCGACCUAGAUUACGGCAGUUUGCUACUGCUCAAUCUUAAGAACCCAAAUAUCUUCUCAUGGAAUGUAGCAAUUCGUGGCUUUUCGGAUAGCGCUCGGCCAAAAGAAUCAAUUUUUCUUUACAAAAGGUUGCUUAGAUCGACUGCCCAGCCAGAUAACUUCACAUACCCUUUUCUGUUCAAGGCAUGCACUAAAAUUCCGGACUUUGGAACUGGUGUUCUAGUUUUCGGGCAUGCCCUGCAGCUGGGCCUAUGCGCGGAUUUGUUUGUGUUCAAUUCCUUGAUACGGUUAUUUGUUGCUUGUGGUCCUUUAGCUGAUGCACGCAAGUUGUUCGAUGAAAGUUGCGUUAGAGAUUUGGUUUCUUGGAAUACCUUAAUAAAUGGUCUUGUUCAGAGAGGGAAUCCAGAAGAAGCAUUGGAUCUGGUUAAAAGGAUGGAAGAAGAGGGGAUUUUUCCUGAUAAUGUCACUAUGAUUGGUGCCAUUUCAAGCUGUGCUCAGUUGCAAGCUCUGGAAUUGGGAAGCAAAUUUCAUCAUUUCAUGGUUGAAAAUGGGUUGGAGUUCACGGUGCCUUUGACCAAUGCUCUCAUCGAUAUGUACAUGAAGUGUGGGAGUUUAGAGCGUGCAUGUUCUUUGUUUGAUGCAUUGAAGAAUAAAAGUAUGGUCUCAUGGACCACGAUGAUCAUGGGUCUUGCCAAAUUUGGGUUUUUAGAUGUCUCGCGGAGACUCUUUGAUGAAAUGCAGGAGAAAGAUGUCAUUCCAUGGAAUGCUUUGCUUGCUGGUUAUGUCCAAAGCAGACAAGCUAAAGAUGCAGUAGCAUUAUUUCUUGAGAUGCAAGCUUCGUCUGUAGAACCCGAUGAGAUUACUUUGGUCAGCCUUCUAUCUGCAUGUUCCCAGCUUGGGGCCUUAGAAAUGGGGAUGUGGGCUCAUCAAUAUGUUAAUAAACGCAAAUUCAGCUUAAGCGUUGCCUUGGGGACUGCUUUGGUGGAUAUGUAUGCAAAGUGUGGCAACAUUGAGAAGGCUUCCUUUAUCUUCGGAGAGAUGCUUGAGAAAAAUGCGCUUACCUGGACUGCAAUGAUUUGUGGUUUGGCAAAUCAUGGGCAUGCCUUAGAGGCCAUUAGGCAUUUCCAAAGAAUGAUGGAGAUUGGGUUACAGCCUGAUGAGAUUACCUUUAUAGGAGUUCUUUCAGCCUGCUGCCAUGGUGGUUUGUUUCAUGAGGGUCGAAUGUUCUUUUCUCAGAUGACUUCAGUUUAUAAGCUGAAACCCAACCUUAAGCACUAUUCAUGUAUGGUGGAUCUUUUGGGUAGAGCUGGACUCCUCCAUGAAGCAGAAGAAAUGGUGAAAACUAUGCCUAUUGAACCUGAUGCCAUUGUAUGGGGUGCUCUAUUCUUUGCAUGUAGACUUCAUAGGAAUACUGCUAUGGGGUUGAGGGCUGCCACACGAUUGCUAGAAUUGGAUCCAAGUGAUAGUGGAAUCUAUGUUUUGCUUUCGAACUUAUACGUUGAAGAAAAUAUGAGGGAUGAGGCUGAUCAAGUUUGGGCUUUGAUGAAGGAGAGAGGGGUGGAGAAGACCCCUGGCUGUAGUUCUAUUGAGGUUAAUGGGGUUGUUUAUGAGUUCAUAGUGAGCGACAGGUCUCAUACUAGGUAUGAAGAUAUUUAUACAUGUCUAAAGCUACUCUAUGAGCAAAUGAGGCACUUUGAAAAAUUGUUGUCAAUAUCUUUGGAUGAUAUGCCAUAAAAAUAAUUGCGCUUAACAAGAAAAAGCUAACAUGUAGAAAUUUGUUUCCUUGAGGAAAGUGAACAGAGAUGAUGCUUUGUAGAACUAGAAGAAAAAUAUAAAAAGCUUUGGGCCAAAUUGUGGGUGUUGGGCUUGCUUGGAACAGAAAAAAUAUUGAAGCGCGGUUGCAUGAGUAUUCUGUAAACCAUGGAAAGAGCUUUCUGAAAGAGUUUAGAGGGGAUCAUGAAAGACUUUAGGCAAAACCAGGAAAAUCAAUAUACAUAAAUUUUCCUUCUGUGAAAUGCUUAAGGUGCUGCUAUAAAGGAGAACCGAAAAAAAGAUAUAUUGAAGCUUUGGUUUAAUGGUGGUAGAUGAGCUUGACUGAAAGCAAUAAAGGGUGAUUUAAUCAGCAGUCUUCGAACACUGAAUUACAAAGAUUUCUAAAUCCAACAGGAAGACUUUUGAUUUGUAGAUUCACCGGGAGUAAAGAUGUCUUAUACCCUUCUCGUGGGUUUGAUACAUGUUUGUUGAAAGAUACUUAAAAAAGCAACUUCAAACUCAUCAUUUGGUAAAGGCACCUAUCUUAAUAUUUAUUUGUAGAUCCUGGAAUUGAGUUUUAGCUUGAACAAGUUUGUUUAUUUUGUCUGUUUUUUUGGAAGACUAUGCUAAAAAACUGUUAUCCUUCCCUUCAAAUAUCUAAUCCAAUUGCUCCAGCCUUUAUGAGGGCCUAA